AUCAAGGGUUUAAGCAAGAAGAAACUUCAGCCCCUCCUCCUCCUCCGACAAUCCAAUCGUAUCAAGAUCGGUCCGACAUGAGAAAGCUUUCGUGCAAAUCCAUCUUCUCUUCGCAGUCCAAGUUCUCUCUAUCAGUUAUAGCCCAGCCAUCGUCUUCCUAUUCUACCCAUGAACCCAAUCUCAACCAAUCAACUCAGCCCCUGCUCAAACCCUGCAAAACAACCGGCUCUUUGAUCUUAUCCAAGAUUAAAACACACCAAUCGUACGCCGUCCCCUUUCACAAUAAUCUCAACACACUCGCAACAGCACCGCAGAUUUCAUCCAGGCAGAGAAGGGCGAGAGAUAAAUCCAAGCUCCAGGAAGCAUUCGAUUAUGCAAAGUCAUCUGAAGAUAUGCUUAUAGCCUUUAAAGUUAUGGAAACCAGUUUUGACGAGAGAGAGCUUGGUUUAGCUUGCUUGAAACUUGGCCUCAAACUUGACCAAGAAGGUGAGGACCCUGAAAAAGCUCUUACUUUUGCCAAUAGGGCUUUAAAUGUGUUUGAUAAAGAAGAUUCCAAAGCUUCUUUACCUCUCGCUAUGACCCUGCAAUUACUAGGCUCCACUUGUUAUAGUUUGAAAAGGUUUAACGAUGGUUUAGGGUAUCUUAAUAGAGCCAAUAGAAUUCUUGUUUUGCUAGAAGAAGUGGGUUCUGGUAGUGUGGGCGAUAUACACCCGAUUCUUCAUGCUGUUCAGCUUGAAUUGGCGAAUACAAAGACAGCAAUGGGUAGAAGAGAGGAAGCCAUUACUAAUCUUAGAAAAUGUCUAGAGAUUAAGGAAAUGACUUUGGAUAAGGACAGCAGAGAGCUUGGAAAUGCUUAUAGGGAUUUAGCAGAAUCGUAUAUCUCCAUUCUAAAUUUCACUGAGGCCCUCCCAUUUUGUUUGAAGGCAAUCCAGAUUCAUAAGGAACAACUGGGGAAUAAUUCGGUUGAAGUCGCUCGUGAUAGGCGUCUCCUUGGUGUAGUCUAUACCGGUUUGGAAGAACACGAGAAGGCCUUAGAGCAAAAUCAACUCUCACAGAAAGUUCUGAAAAAUUGGGGUCUUUCUUCCGACCUUCUUCGUGCAGAAAUUGACGCUGCCAACAUGCAGAUCGCAUUGGGGAGGUAUGCUGAAGCCAUUAACACUCUGAAAGGUGUUGUUCAAGAGACUGAUAAAGAAAGCGAAGAUCGAGCUCUAGUCUUCAUUUCAAUGGCGAAGGCAUUGUGUUACCAGGAGAAGAAUGCAGAUUCGAAGAAGUGUCUAGAGAUUUCUAUUGAAAUUCUCGCCAAGAGAGAAAAAAUGUCACCUUUAGAAGUGUCGGAUGCUUAUUUAGAAAUAUCGACGCAGUAUGAGGCGAUGAAUGAGUUCGAGACUGCGAUUGGAUUGCUUAAGAGAGCUUUGUCUUUGAUAGAGAGGCUGCCACAACAGCAACAUUCGGAAGGAAAUGUGUCUGCGAGAAUUGGAUGGUUACUACUUCUAACUGGGAAAGUAGAGAAAGCUAUUCCUUACUUAGAGACUGGAGCUGAAAGGCUUAAAGAUUGUUUUGGAUCAAUGCAUUUUGGAGUUGGUUAUGUUUAUAACAAUUUGGGAGCUGCUUAUAUGGAGUUAGAUAGGCCUCAGUCUGCUGCACAGGUCUUUGCCAUGGCUAAGGAGAUAAUGGAAGUAUCCCUUGGUCCUGUACAUGUAGAUACAAUUGAUGCUUGUCAAAACCUUGCAAAAGCAUAUGAUGCCAUGAAGAGCUAUCCUCUGGCCAUUAAAUUUCAGGAGCAUGUAGUUGAAUCAUGGGAAGGACAUGGUUUGAGUGCAUUGGAUGAGCGGAGAGAGGCUAAGAAUGUUCUAGAACAACUCAAGCGCAAAGCCAGUGGUGACGAUGGUUCUUCUGAUAAGCCGGGGAUAAAGACCCUGCUUUUACCACAUUCUAGUAAUGGCUCUCGGCAUAAUAUUAACACAGUGAAUCAAAGGCAGUCGGGUGUAUCUUAGCUUUGUAAAAACUAUACGCAAUACUACUGUUUUUCCUUCUGGUCGAAUUUCAGGUAAGUUAUUUUUGCUGAAAUCAUAUGAUGUGUAACACUUGGUUUUUAUUUUGUUCAACUUAUUUCAAUUAGGGUUGAAUUAAGCUUUUUUAUUCA